AUGGCUGCCAUCCAGGACCUUGCCGAGCGCAUCAAGCUCGACGAUGACAAGGUCUACGUCGACACCGAUGCCGGUCUCGACGAAGCUUCUGCCAACGGCUCCGACACCGCCCCCUACAAGUCCCUCGCCUACGCCUACGUCAUCAACCACCACAAGCCCGCCGGCUCUCAGCAGUUCUUCAUCCGCGCCUCCCAGACCGGCGCCGCCGACGAGGACCCCGCUGCCCGCCUCGAGUGGAAGGAGCCUGCUAAGAGCGCCGUCAAGAAGGCCCAGGCCGCUCUCGAUGGCCACAGGAAGAAGCUCGUGAAGCAGGCCCAGCAGGAGGCCCAGCUCGAGGAGAAGCGCAAGCAGCGCGAGCAGACGCUCGAGAACGCCAAGAAGAUUGUCCUGACGAAGCCCGACUGGCUCGCCGACGCCAAGAAAAUCAAGCUCGGCAACAAGGAUGUCAAGCUCGGUGAGGGCGAGACCAAGGGCGAGAAGGUCAAGAUUGCCGGCCGUAUCCACCGCCUGCGUGCCCAGAAGAAUGCCACAUUCAUCACCCUGAUCGAUGGCUACGGCCACCUGCAGUGUGUUCUGCAGGCCGGCGACCUCACCAAGACAUACGAUGCGCUGCUCUUUGCCCAGGGCACCUCGCUGUAUGUCUACGGUGAGAUGCGCAAGGUUCUCGAGGGCCAGACGGCUCCCGACGGCCGCGAGCUGCUCGUCGAGUACUUUGAAGUCAUAGGCGCCUCUCCCACCGACGAGGACGCCAUCACCAACCGCGUCUCCUCCCAGCAGAACCAGUGGGACCCUGCCAUGCUCGACCAGAGGCAUCUCGUCCUGCGUGGUGACAACGCCUCCGCCAUCAUGAAGAUCCGUGCUGCUGUCGAGUGGGCCUUUGUCAAAACCUUCAACGACAUGAACAUCACAAAGGUCUCGCCUCCUGCCCUCGUCCAGACCCAGGUCGAGGGUGGCUCGACCCUCUUCUCGGUUCCUUACUACGAUGAGGCCGCCUACCUCACCCAGUCCUCCCAGCUGUACCUCGAGACGUGCCUGCCAAGCCUGGGUGAUGUUUACUGUAUCGAGAAAUCCUUCCGUGCCGAGCGCAGUCUGACUCGUCGCCACUUGGCCGAGUACACCCACGUCGAGGCGGAGCUUGACUUUAUCAGCUUUGAAGACCUGCUCGAGCAUCUCGAGGAGAUCAUGUGCCGUGUCAUCGAUACUGUCCUUGCCGACCCCAUCAUCGCCGCCCACGUCAAGGAGCUCAACCCGACCUUUGAGCGCCCCGUCCGCCCGUUCAACCGCAUGAAGUACACCGACGCCAUCGACUGGCUCAACGCCCAGGACCCCCCUAUCCUCAACGAGGAGGGCAAGCCCCACGUCUUCGGUGACGAUAUUGCUGAGGCCGCCGAGCGUCGCAUGACCGACAUUAUCAACAAGCCCAUCUUCCUCACCCACUUCCCCACCGAGAUCAAGGCCUUCUACAUGAAGAAGGACCCCAGCGACCCCCGCGUCACAGAGAGUGUCGACGUUCUCAUGCCUGGUGUCGGCGAGAUUGUCGGCGGAUCGAUGAGGAUGGAGGGCUAUGAGGAACUCAUGGCUGCCUACGACAAGCAGGGCAUCCCGUCCAAGGACUACUACUGGUACACUGACCAGCGCAAGUACGGCACCUCCCCCCACGGCGGCUACGGCCUCGGCCUCGAGCGGUUCCUCGCCUGGCUGGCCAACCAGCACACCGUCCGCACAACAUGCCUGUACCCCCGAUACAUGGGCCGAUGCAAGCCUUAG